CAAAAUACAAAAGGCAUUCAACCAUUUAAUUCUUAAGACAAAACGAAGGAACAGGUUCAUUCCUAAGGGUCUCAAGAACACCUAUAAUAAGAGACCCAAGGGAGAACGGUUCAAUCCAUCAAAACCAUUUUGUAUGUUGAGAAUCUAAACGUCAUGGCUUCAUCAUCUUCUACGACACCAUCAACGUUCGAUUUCUCCUCAAUCGAUGUGGCAGGCAACAGACACGAAGUUGCUGCCCCCAAUGUGUCAUUGGGGACCAUGCUCCCACCUCCUGCGCCUGGUGCGAAUUUAUGUCCGCCCAAUCUUGGGGAGAAGCGCGGGGCCUCCCCGUUCCGUGAAGAGCAGGUUGCCAUGGACGGAAAAGGCCUAGUUACGGCGCAGAGUGUUGCCCCCCAGUCCGUGGUACCUGAUGUAAGUAGGAGCGUGUCCGACGCCACCAUGCCCGAGGUAGACGCCGGGGUGAAGAGCGGGCAGGGUGUUGCCCCCCAGUCCGUGGUACCCGUUGCAAGUAGAGGCAUGCCCGACGCCACCAUGCCCGAAGUAGACGUAGGGGUGAAGAGCGGGGUUCCCCCACGUCAUGGGGAACAAGCCGGUAAGAAGAAGAAAGAGGUUGCUGGUAUGCGGGGCAGGCUCGCUGCUCUGGCCGCAAAGGAGGACGCCAGGUUCCGGCCUUCGAGGACCGAAGUCAUCCCCUUCAUCGUGGAAAAACAACACGGGGCCCCUCCUGUUAACCAGCCAGCUCCUACCCUCAGUGCUUCAUCGAUUUUGGAUAUGGCGCGCUCUAUCAAAUCUUACAGCGCGGGGCUAAUGGACACAGCCGUCGCGCUUCAAACAAUAGGUCGUCGUCGCGAUGAGCUCCAGCACCAGGCUGACGAGGCUCACCGUCACUCGGUUGCCGUUCAGCGUCGGGCGGACGAAGCAACAGCUGCUCUGUCCGAGCUCCAGUCAAAAUAUGACUUCCUACAAUCGAAGUAUGAUCGACUGCAAGCAUCGUUCACGGAUGCGGGGCGUCAGGAAGUUGCGGCAUUUCAAACAUCCCCGAAAUUUUCAAAAAUCAUCACUUCGAAGCUGGAGGCUCACCGCUCAGAGCAGGUCCAAGCAUGGUUGAAAACCGAGGAGGGUCAACUUUGGCGGGAUAAGGAAAUUCUCAUGUCCUUCAGGUGUGGCCGAUACGACAUGCAGACCACGUUGUACAAUAGGCUGGCAGAGUUCUAUCCCGACUUCGAUCCUGAAAAAAUUGGUUUGCCCGAAAUCAUGCCAGAUCCUGACGGGGCCAACGAGCAAGCGAACGAUUUGUCCCUUUUGCACUUGGAUAUUCCAGAUGACUUGGAAGAUGCCGUUCAUGGCUUUGAUUUUGAGACUAUCCUCAAUGGUGUUCCUGAGAACAUGCCUGAUCCUUAGAUCGUAGAUAUGAAUCUCUUAUAUUGUCGUCUUUAUUCUCAUUUUUGUUGGACAUUCCACUUUACAUUCCGCACUUGUGUUUUUUUUUAUUCUCACACUUAGCCAUAUAAGCUUUCCUCUUUGCGCAACUUUGCACCUGUGUCAUGGUUCAUCUUUUC